UUUUUCUCCAGGUCCCUGCUAACGUGCCUGGGAAAGCAGUGAAAGAUGGUCCAAGUGCAUGGGUCCCUGCCACCCAUGUGGAAGAGACUAGGAGGGCGAACCAGGCUGCCAGCUUCAGCCUGGCCCAGCCCCAUCCAUUGUGGCUGCUUAGAGAGUGAAACAACAGAUGGAAAAUUCUGUGUGUGCCACUCAGCCUUUCAAAUCAAUUAUCAAUCAACCAAUCAACCAAUCUUUGCACCUAAACCAGAGCACCAUUUGAAAACAAAAUUAGGGGUCCCAGCAGCUCGGGCGGCGGGAGCCGCGGCAGCGGCAAGGCAGCCCAGCUCCGCGAAGGCUCUCGGCGCGCCGCGGCCCGCAGGCACCAGGCAUGCGCCCUCCGCACCGCCAGGAUGCCCAAGAGGAAGGUCAGCUCUGCCGAGGGGGCAGCCAAGGAGGAGCCCAAGAGGAGGUCGGCACGCUUGUCGGCGAAGCCGGCCCCCGCGAAGGUGGAAGUGAAGCCCAAGAAGGCCGCGGGGAAGGAUAAGUCAUCAGACAAGAAAGUGCAAGCAAAGGGGAAGAGAGGAGCAAAGGGAAAACAGGCCGAGGUGGCUAACCAAGAAGCUAAAGAAGACUUGCCUGCAGAAAACGGAGAAACGAAAAACGAGGAGAGUCCAGCCUCUGAUGAAGCAGAAGAGAAAGAAGCCAAGUCCGAUUAAUACCAUACACCAUGUGUUAUCAGUGGUCCCUGGCUCCCUUCUUGUACAAUUCAGAGGAAUAUUUUUAUCAACUAUUUUGUAAAUGCAAGUUUUUUAGUAGCUCUAGAAACAUUUUUAAGAAGGAGGGAAGCCCACCUCAUUCCAUUUUUUAAGUGUAAAUGAUUUUUUUUAAGAGGUGAAAUCAUUUGCUGGUUGUUUAUUUUUUGGUACAACCAGAAAAUAGUGGCAUAUUGAAUUCUGGGAGGCUUUGACUGUCUUGGGUGUCAGCUUAACAUUCCAUAGGUGGGGGUGGUUUUUAUAUCUUACAGUACAGCGCAUACUAAAUGGCAAUUUGGAGUCUCAAUUGUGCAUUUAAUCUGUCUUGAAUAUUUUCAGUUACUUCUCCCAUGUUUUGUAGAAUUGUUUCCUACAGAAAACCACUCCUUGUUCUGUCAGAACCAUGUGCACUCUGUAACAUCUUUGGUUGUGGUAGUCCAGUUUUGCUAAUGAUUUUGUUAAUGUGCCAUGAAAGAUUGAAAAUUUGAGUGUCGUGUAUAUGCUAUUACAUUGUGAAUGGGUGGGAUUUAAGUAACAGCAACAUUUGAAGAUACUUGUACUUGAUAGCCUCUUAAAGAAGAGUUGCCUCCAAAUUUGAAGCUGGAAAGUCACUGGAAUAACUUUUAAAAAAAAGAAUGACAAUUCAUGGCUUUUUACAUUUUUGGUACGUAUGUUAAGAAUUGUGUACAAAUUAAAAUGUGUGUGCUGAUUCUCAACACCAAUAAAAUCUCAAUUAUGGAAAAAAAAGAAAACAAAAUUAUACAGGGGUAAGUAAGUUUUAACUAAGACCAGAGUCCGAAUGAGCUGGCUGUAGGCAGGCUGAGAUUGCCCCAGUCAGCAUGCUCAGCCCAGGGUGACCCGAGAGCAGUGGGAAGAGCCAAGGCAUGAGUCAUCCUUGUGAUUCCAUUGAGGAAAAAAGUCAGGCUAGGGGCUCAGUAGUUUCCUGGCACUGGAAAUGGAAGGGUGGGCAUUUAACCUAGCUGCUAAGACACUGGUUGAGAUACCCACAUUCACUACUCGAGUAGCUAGGUUCCCUUCCUGGCUCCAGCUCCGGUUUAGAUUCCUGUUAAUGCAGACCCUGGUGGGCAGCAGUGAUAGAUUGAGUAGCUGGAUCUCCGCUGUACACGUGGGAGAUCUGAAUUGAGCUCCCAGCUCCCAACUUGGGCCCAGCCCAGCCCAGGCCACUGAGAGCAUUUAUGGACUGAACCACGGAAUGGGAGUUUUCUGUUGCUGUUUGUCUCUUGGUCUCAAAAAGCAAUUUGAGAAAAAAAGCACAGAAUUGGGAAUUGAGAUGGGGAAGGAAAAGAGACACAGUCAUUUUAAUAGAAGACCCAUCAUGUGCUGGAUGCAUGCGCAUAGUUGUCUAUUUUCAUAAUUUUCAAUGCCUGGUUGAUAUUUCUCUCUAGGAGCCAAAGGUAGCAAUGACAAGAAGAUACACACCCACAUCAGCCAAUUAUAAAAGUUUAUGUGAUUCUCACCCCUCCUCUUUUCAAUACUUUUUUAGAAUCUUAGCUGGAUGGGACCUUACAUGGAGACUUGACAUCUUUGGUCUCUGCAAGAUAGGAGUGAGUAGGAGCUGUGAAUGAAAAGUCGAAUGUAGGGUUAAAGAAACUGUGGAGACCACUCCAGGGAAAGGAGACCACAACAGGGAAAGAAGGACAUGGUGCAUUUGUUACUGAAGAGAUCAGAGAGCAAUGAGCACAUGGGGACAAAAACUCGAGCAGCUGGAGAGAGGGCUGGUGCUGGAGUCUCCCCCAGACUCCCAGAAUGUACUCAAAUCUACAGAAGAAUGAACUCAAUCACAAUACACACAAGCAGGAUGCCAGUUCUUAUCCCUUAGUGACUUGGCACUCAAUGGCCAAGAGCCCCAUUUCCUUACUCUAAGCACUGCGCCCCCCACCCUUGACAUCCAAACUCUAAAUUGGCCCAAGUUGAAACAGGGCCUAGGGUUUGGCUUCCUGGGAAAACGUCAGGUCAUCAUGAGCCUUUCA